AUGACAUGCCAGGAAGCUCUGCAGCAGUGGGAAGGUGGCUACACAGCCUUCAAGUACGUUUAUUACGGAAGGGGGGUAUCCCGUGCAGCGCGCCGGAAGUGGGCAGGCUUACGGAUGAAUAUUUGUGCUUCAUGCGAGGGUUCAACUCGAAUGAAAACAGCUGUUUGUGCGUGCAGAGGGCAAGAUCCUCCAGUGUACAAAGACAAUACAGGGACGUACGAAGAUCCCAAUGCUGCGGCCCUUGCGAGCUUAUUGAGCGAAACGGCACAGAGCAUCUACUGUGGAACUGCAGCGGAGUGUGCAGACAAUGUCCCUAUCGUGUGUUAUAUCAAGCCUUCUGGAGUACAAGCUGACGCAAGUCCAGUAACCCGUCAGAUGUGGCACAAAUACGAUGAAUACAAGAAGAAGAAGCCCGUCCUGAAUGCGCAUGAGGGCCAAGACCUCCUGGAUGCGGUGAAUGCCGUGAGAGGUGCAGAGGAACUGAAUCUCGAUGAAUUCACUGCGGCACAGAGUGAAGAACUAGACGAAUUCCAGGAAAAGAGCGCAGCAGCAUCAUAUGAAAAUGCACUGUAUGCUCUAACAUGCGACCAGAUCAACAGCUCGACAAUCGACCCAGUGGUGGAAAAGGAGUACACUCUGAUUUACUAUUCCAAAGAAGGUGGAGAGGUUCCCACAGGGGAAGAAACCGUCGCGUUCUGGCAAACUGGUCUUGAGCAGCUUGGGUCAGUCGGCGUCCGCUUCGCUACCAGCCAAGAAGAGCGCCCACCUGCAUUCGAGGCAAAGGAUGAUGUAGUGAAGAGGACCCGGCGCGCAAGAAGGUCGGGAGUCUCAGGCAAUGAAAUCUACUACAGAAGCGAAGUGGCCGGCUAUGUCUCGAUGAUGGUUGAUGAGGCCCGCGAAAUGAGAUGCUAUGAUGCCACUGGCUGCACAAACUCCGCACUCAUUUGCUUCGUUAAAAAGCCAACACUAGUCCAGGGUGAACAGCCCAUCAGUGAGGAAACCUGGAACAAAAUUACGGGCACAGAGGAGCCUGAUGUUGAACCCGAACCCGAACCCAAGCCCCCUACCAUCUCUUUCACUAGACUCCAGGAAGGCAAGAGCUGCGUCAAGGAGAUCAACGGCUUCCGCACGCAAGAAACCCUGGGCUUGAAGGGUUUCACAGAAGCCAAGGCCAGUUCGAAAGCAACAAGAAACACACAGCUUAGCGAGCCCAUGAGUGGCGUGACUUGCGACGCUCUCAAGAAUGGAACUGUUACGAUUAUGGUGAGCCGCUCACGAGCUUCGUUUCAUCACGUCUUGGCCAUGCGCAUAGUAACUUUGAACAGCUUCCUCUUUGUACCAGUUUUGGUUGCAAGACGCUUCACAAAGCGCCACCGAAACGGUAAACAUCGAUAUUUUGUGCAUUUCCUACCUCGUCUGAUGUCAGACGAGGUAGAGAGUAUCAAGUUUCACUGUUUCGCCCUCCUUUUCUCAUCACAGGACCAAAAGAUGACAAAGAGCUUGAUGUACUACUCUGGCACUGAAGCCACUUGCUCCGUUGCUGUUGCAGCCUGGAAGAAGGGCUAUGAACAAUUCAGCGCAAUCCCACCAGCUUACACCACCAGCGAGGCUGUUUACAAAAAGGGUGAUGCAACGAACUUCGUUUCCCUCAUCAGCGAAGGGGAGAGUACCACAGCCACCUGCUACAGUGUUGAGGGCUGCGACCAGCAAGCUAUCGUUUGCGAGCUCUCUCCUGCAGUCUUCACAAAGGAUAAAGCACCCAUAUCCGAGAGCACCUGGAAAAAGGUUUCUGCGACGAUGUCUCAAGGCAACGGCGCUCCAGUUGCUUUCUCCACUACCCUCCUUAGCACCGCCUUGGUAGCGGCUGUUGCCUUUGCAUUCAACUUCUAA